AUGGAGGUGUUUUUCUGGGCGGUGUUCGGCGCGCUGGUGGCGCUGUGCGCGGGGCUGGAGGGCAGCAAGGGGCAGCGCGACAAGCUGCAGACGUCGCCCGCCUUCGACUCCUUCAAGAACAACUACCUCCUCGUCUACUCGCUCAUGAUGGCGGGCGACUGGUUGCAGGGCCCGUACGUGUACGCGCUGUACCAGCACUACGGGUACGACAAGGGCGACAUCGGCCGCCUCUUCAUCGCCGGCUUCGGCUCCUCCAUGGUCUUCGGCACCAUCGUCGGCUCGCUGGCCGAUAAGCAUGGGCGGCGGCGGGCAUCACUGACGUACUGUGCGGUGUACGUGCUGUCGUGCCUCACCAAGCACUCGCCCGACUACCGCCUGCUCAUGCUGGGCCGCGUGCUGGGCGGCAUCGCCACCUCGCUGCUCUUCUCCGCCUUCGAGAGCUGGCUCGUGGCGGAGCACUUCAAGCGCGGCUUUGAGGCGCAGUGGCUGUCAGUGACGUUUUCCUCGGCCAUCUGGCUGGGCAACGGGCUGGUCGCCAUCCUCUCAGGGCUGCUCGCCAACUCGCUCGUCACGUCGCUGGCCCUCGGCCCCGUUGCCCCCUUUGACGCCGCUGCCCUCGUGCUGCUGGUGGGCGGCGCCAUCAUCGCGGCCACGUGGCCGGAGAACUACGGCGACAGCAGCGACUCCAAGGGGCUCCUCGCACAGUUCCACGCCGCCGCCUCCGCCAUCGCCUCAGAUGAGAAGAUAGCGCUGCUGGGAGCCAUCCAGUCGCUGUUUGAGGGCAGCAUGUACACCUUUGUCUUCCUCUGGACGCCCGCCCUGGCGCCCUCGGACCAGCGCAUCCCACACGGGUUCAUCUUCGCCAUCUUCAUGCUCGCCUCCAUGACCGGCUCCUCCCUCGCCGCCCGCCUCAUGGCGCGCCCCACCCUGCGCGUGGAGCUCUACAUGCAGAUCGUCUUCGCCGUCUCCUCCCUCUCCCUCCUCGUCCCUCUCUUCGCCUUCGUCAGUGCUCCUCUGCGCCCCACCUGCUUCCUCAACCCUCCCCCCAUGUCUCUCCCUCCUGCGCUCGCUCUGCACUCGCUCUGUGUGAUACACUGCUCACUCGCUCUGUGUGAUACACUGCCCACUCGCUCUUUUGUGUUGGAGCCAGUGGCGCCGGACGGGGGGGGCAUCACGCGCGGGGGGAGGGUGCAGCUGGUGGGGUUCUGUGUGUUUGAGGUGUGUGUGGGCGUGUUCUGGCCGUCCAUGAUGAAGAUGAGGUCGCAGUUCAUCCCCGAGGAGGCGCGCGCCACCAUCAUGAACUUCUUCCGUAUCCCCCUCAACUGCUUCGUCUGCAUCGUGCUCUACAAUGUAUGUGUGCUCUACAAUGUAUGUGUGCUCUACAAUGUAUGUGUGCUCUACAAUGUGAGCGCCUUCCCCAUAACAGCCAUGUUCGGCAUGUGCUCCAUCUUCCUCGCCAUGGCUGCUGUGCUGCAGCGCCGCCUCUUCGCCAUCUCCUCCCCGGGCAAGCCUGGCACGCCCGCCUGCCACUCUAAUGCCGAUGAGAUUAAGAUGCGGGAGACAGAGCAAGAACAACUGUUGUGA